AUGAGUUGUGCGUCCACAAACGCAGUGUUGCGAAUCACUUUGUUAAUAUUGACGUUCUUUGUGUCUUGCGCCUUCGUAGCCAGUGUGGUGUGGGUGCUACGCGCUAACAGCUCGAGCGGCCAAUAUGAGAAUUAUUACUUGUCGAGAAUUAAUAUAAGCUUAAAGGGGGACGACAAUAAUUCCGCGCCACCGCCUCCGGACCAUUACAAAGACUUGAUUAAAAUAGAGAUCGCGAUGAGACGUGUCGAGGAGAACAGUAGGAGAUUGAAAGAGUACACUAAGUCAUUGUUAUGGGAUAAUAAGGACAAGUCGCUUUGGUGUGUUUUGUUCAAAGAGAGUGAUAGAACGAUGGAUAAGCCGAUGUCUCGAGAGAAAAGUAGGCAUUCCCUUGACGAGGAUUAUAUUCGCAUUUUGAGGAAGCAGAAGAUGAGAGACGCGGUUAUACAUCUUAGACAUCACGGCGUCCAUCAUAGAGGACGUUCUGAGGUCUUGCCGAUGCCGUAUAUUAAAUAA